AAUCCUCAGCCCUGUGCAUUUCCCACAUUAUCACAAGUUUAUACAGCGUAACUAAUCUCCAACUAUAUUAACACACAUCUACAUUAUGCACAGCAAAAAGGUCUUCUUCUCCUUAGGCUCCCUUGCCGCCGGGUCUCUCGCACAGAGCUCAGAGCCCUUCUCUUCAGAUCCAUCUUGCCCCAGCUCUCUCGCUGAACUCUCAAAUGCAGCUCCAAGCCCCCCUGCAUACGUCCAAGACAUCCUCCCUAAUCCCACCUUCAUUCUGGGAGAUCCAGAGGGCUACGCAAGCGAAGUAUGCAGGAUCGCCACUGAACUGCCCGCUUCACAACUGAGCGAAUUCGGCGUCUGGGGCUCGUCGCUGCUGAGCUACGUCUCCAGCGAGGCCUCGAGCUACGACGCCCUCGUCACCAAGUGCUAUGCCACGGGCGCUCAGGGUGCCGCCGCAACCAGCUAUAUUAACUCCAUCGCCUCGCGGGCAGGCCCACUCUGCGAAGUGACGAGCACCCCUGGUGGAGGAAGCGGCCCGUCUAACGGGACUAGUACAAUCACGCCAGCCCCAACGAGCAUGGCAACAUCUACAGGCGCCCCCAACAGCACUACCAGUGCUAUGACAUCAAUCCCAGUCGGCCUCGCUGCGAAGCCCACUGGAGUUCUUGCAGGUGCUGUGGGCGCCGCUGGUCUUCUGGCUGCUGCUAUUUUGUUGUAAACGAUCACAUGAAUGAACGAUGGGGCACUUGCCCAGGCGAAGGAUAAAUGGAGAAGGAUCAUUUUGGCCUCGGUAUAUUGAUCAAGAAGGAUACAUAAAACGGGAUGGAUAUAUUCAAGGAGUACGCUAAUUACCUCCUUGUCAUGAAUGGGUGACUGUUCAAACUAGUCUAUCAUGAGGGAUAAUGAACAAUUCUAGAAUAGAGAACUUUGCAAAUAUGUGCAUUUUUCAAACUUGAACUCACCGAGCCUUGUGAGGCCUAAUGCGUAGCGCCUCAGUUGAUGUGGAGA